AUGAGGCCGGCUACAAGGUCAUGGAAGCCUGUUGUUCAGGCCCCACGCCGCCUGUUUUCCACGUCCCUACGCCGGCUGGACAACUACGCCUUUAUUGGCCUCGGUCAGAUGGGCUACCAAAUGGCUCGGAACCUUCAGGCGAAGCUUGCUCCCAGCGACACGGUUCGUCUGUUCGACAUCAAUCGCGAUGCAGCCGAGAAGCUGGUUGAGGAGAUGAAGGCUCAGGCGGGCGGUGCUGUUGCCGAGAUUUCUUCUAGUGCUGCUGAGGCUUCAAAGGAUGCGGACACUGUUAUUACAUGUCUCCCCGAGCCACAGCACGUAAAGGCCACCUACGACGCCAUCAUCAAGGGUGGUCUGGUUCCCAAGUCGAGCCCACGCCUCUUCAUUGAUUGCUCGACUAUCGACCCUACAUCGUCACGGCAAGUUGCUGCUGCCAUCUCUGAGGCACUCCCUAAUGGUCAAGGAACAUUUGUCGAUGCGCCCAUGUCUGGUGGCGUGGUCGGCGCAACGGCGGGCACUCUGACUUUCAUGUUGGGUGCCCCCCCAGACCUCGUUAGUCGUGUUGAGCCAAUCCUUCUUCGUAUGGGCAAGCGUGUCCUCCAUUGCGGUCCUCAAGGAGCCGGCCUCUCUGCCAAGCUCGCCAACAACUACCUGCUUGCGAUUGAAAAUAUUGCGACAGCAGAGGCUAUGAAUCUGGGUGUCAAGUGGGGCCUGGAUCCGAAGGUGUUGGCCAGCGUUAUCAACGUCAGCACAGGAAAGUGCUGGCCAAGUGAAGUGAAUAACCCCGUCCCUGGUGUUGUCGAAACUGCUCCGGCGAACAGGGACUAUAAGGGUGGGUUUGGCAUUGGGUUGAUGCGUAAGGAUCUUAGGUUGGCAAUCCUUGCCGCCCAAGAAGCCGGCGCGAAGCUGCCUCUGGCUGAGAAAGCCUCUGAAGUGUAUGAGGCUGCUGAGUCCGAAGAGAGGUGUAAAGGCCGUGACUUUUCCGUCAUUUAUCGGUGGCUUGGUGGCAAAGAGUAG